GCCGGGGAGCGAGGCCAAACCCCGGCUGAGCCAAGCCCCGGCUUCCUUCAGCCGAGCACGGAGCAGGUUUUGAAACCACAUCCUGCCCGGCCUUGCACAAGGUGCGCCCUGAGCGCGCCAUGGGCAGCGCCAGGAGGGGCUGGGAUGGGCAGCGGGAGCUGCUGCGGCUCCGGGAUGUGCAGCUGGAGCCCCGCGGGACCCCCUCGCUGCCAGGGACACCUCACAGGGCUCGCUCCGCGCUGCUCAGCGCCAGCCUGGACCCGCCCGGCCCCGGCCUGGCCGCCCCCAUGCCGGACACGCCGGGGGGCUGCUCCCCUCGGCCCCCCAGCUCAGCCCUCAUCUACAGCAACGUGGGAGAGCUGCGGGCCCACCUGGUUCCGCGCAAGGCCAGCCGAGGGGAAGGCGCUGGGAGACCCCUCCCCCAGCCCGAGCUGGACCCCCUGCCUCCCCCACUGCCCAAAAAGCAGCUCCAGCGAGCCGAGUCCCUCCCGGAGCCGGGACCAUCCCAGCGCUGCCGUGACGACCCCGAGCCACGGGCUGGCAGCAUCCUGUACAGCAUCCCCGCAGGGCAGCUGCAGCCCGGGGAGGGGGCUCCCCCGCGGGACAGACCCUCCUGGGCACCCAAGAAGCCCCUGACCAAGUCCCAAACCUGA